AGCCACUUCUGCCUUGCUCAGUAUAAAAGGACGACUUCGUUUCUGGGGGAGAGAGACGGCCGGUGAAUGGCUAGCGAAGGCGGCAGUUUGGGAAAUCUGGUAUAGCCGCAGUCACUUUUCUAACAGUCUAAAUGUGAUUUUGCCCGUUUUUGCGGAUUGAUGCUGCUAUAAGCGAGAUGUCAAGUAUUUUUUUAGGUAAUUAGAGUGUUUGUCGCUGUCUGCUUUGUUUCCAUCUGGGCCUGAUACUACUAACAAAAUCAACGAACCCUACACGUUUCGCCCUAAUACAAGUCCAUACACGUUGUAUUUUUCCAUAAACGUUGGUAAAAAUUGUGUUGGCUGCUGAAAAUUUAUGAAGAUGGCUGAAUUUGUAUCUUCUAAAGUGGAACAGUUGGUUUUCUUUUCAAUAAUAGUUCUGCCUGAUACAUGGUGUAGCAGUUGUCUGUGGGUUUGUAUUUGCGUCUAUGGCAGGUGCAAGUUUACAAAUUUGUGGUUGAAGAUGUGAUUCGGAAUGUAAAAGAGGACUUUCUUAACGAGGGGGUGGAGCCUGAAGUCCUUGAUCAACUGCAAGAGCUGUGGCUGAGAAAAGAGGACCUCACAGAUGCCGUCAAUCGCCCACGGAAACCGCAGUUUGACUCCGCACCCCCUCCCUCACACCCUCACCAGGAGCACCCCUCUCCCCGUCUCCCACCUGCACUCAUUCACCAACCUCUCCCUCCUUCCGCAGUCCCUCAUCACAGCACUGGGACUCAGUCUCAGCCUACUCCGGGGUCAGUUAUACAGCAAGCUCCGCCCAGAGAGCCUCAAGCCACGCCCACUGCACCUAUGGUUGCCCACGGCAACCUUCAACCUUCCCCUGUCUCCCUACCUUCACCGCAACAGCAGCUUCAGAUGCUCUCGCAGUUCCAGAUUGCCAUGCGGGGCGGGGCCGAGUCUCAGGCUCCGCCCACCACCUCCCAGGGGAUUCCACUACCCCGAGUUGCUGGGGUAUCAUCUGGGGUUACUCCAGGACUAAUGCCCCAACUUGUGGUCAAUCCUGCGGCUUUACAGAACCAGCCUGUGCUGCUACCAAUGCAGACGUCUCAAGGAACGAUAAUGGUUCCUCUGACAACAGUCCUCGCCAUGCAGGCUGUUGCUAACCAACAACAACAACAACAACAACAACAACAGUCUACUGGUACCAACACCUCUGAAACCACGCCCACUUCUACCGAUCAGGCCUCCGCUGCUACUGUUCGUCAAAUUGACGGUCUACCUCCCUCCCCACCCGCCUCGUUUAGAGGGUGUGGUCCUAGUGGUCGUAAGGAUGGUGCUAGAGUGCUAGAAACCCCGCCCACUGAUUGCGAAGGAGCGUCAAGUAGUGGAAUUCCGCCCGGUGUUUUGAAACAAUUGCUACGGCAACAGCGGAGGAGGCGGAGGCGAGGGAAGAGGGGAGGGGUUCCGGUGGAGGUCAUAGUUCAGCUGGACGGUCCGGGGGGAGGGGGAAAAGGAGGUAAGGGGAGUAAGGGUGUUGGUGAGGGAGAGGCCAGUAGUAGCGAUGACGACAGCGAGGGAUAUGGUGACACCUCAGACGAGGAAGAAGUUGAUCAGGUGGAUGAUGAUCCUCUUGGUUCAGGUGAUGACGAACCAAACUCAGAAGACGAGGAGAAGGACUUUGAUACCGAGGACACCAUCGCUUGUCAGUGGGAGAAGGUGUAUCGUGUGAAGGCAAGGUGGAAGUUCCAGCUGAAGGACGGCAUCAUGAGAAUGGGCGGGUUUGAAUACGUCUUCCACAAGGCCAACGGAGAGGCAGAGUGGUAG